ACUGAGGUGUUAUUGUUAUUGGUUUGUUAUUGUUUUUUAACUGCUGGUGGAGGAUGCAGUGAAAACGCGGAUCGCUCGUGCCGUGCCGUGUCUUUCUGCUACGGGAAGGGAGAUAGAUAACAGCAGCAGCAGCAGCACCAGCAGAAGCAGCUCGUGGUCAAUAUCGUACCUCAAUUAACUGUUGACGACUGAGCGGCUCGGCAGGCUGUGCCGAGGGACCAAGAGGGGGGCAAAAUCCGGGCGAUUCUGGUACACCACCCCGCCGCAUUCACAGCACCAACCAUCCUCCCCGAUGGUGCGUGUGCGUAAAGUGUCGCGUUCGUGCAGUUAAAGUGAGCAAGAAGGGAGGCGGGAAGGCGACCGUCCCACAAGUGAACGAGAAGAAGAAGAAGCAGCAGCAGAAACAAACCCCACACACAACAGCAACAAAGAGAAGAAACGUUCGAGCUCGAUAAGAGACACCCCGAGAGGCACAAGGAAUGACUUCUUAUUGUCGGUCAGGCCCUUAAGAAAGACGGUUGUCGUUAGUGUGCGUGUGUUUUUUUUCUUCUAUUUUUUUUGGCCGUAUUUGGUUUUGCGUUGGGGUCGUUGGUUUCGUUUUCGACUGCCGUCCACUAAUAACUACUCACUUUCCGGUGCAUUUCGGGCCCGUGCGAAACCGUCGUUGGGACUUUUCCCCCCUUCGGAAAGCAGUUCCCGCAGUCAUCAACCCUCCAAAACCUCGCGUGAAUAUCGUGUGUGUCCUGUGUGUGUUUGUGUGUGUGCUGUACGUGCGUGCAAAGUGAAGCAGUGUGGACGGUUUCGGUACAUAAAUUAGCCCGCAUUAAUCACCACCACCAAUCGAUCGAUACCGUUCUACGGACACAUUCGGACACAUUGGCCGUGUCCCUUGGUGUGCCCCCCACCCCCAAGGCUGUUCCUCCCCUUCUAGUGUGUGUGUGAACGGUGGUGUACGGUGUGUGUCACGUUUCGCAAGCCCGGAACUAUGGAAUUCAAACCCCCGGACAAGUGGUCCUAGUACAUCAUACUUCCUUUGUACUACUGUGGUCUGUGCGCGUGUGUGUGGCUUAUCUCGCAAUGUUGCUUUAAACGCAAUCGCGCUACCUGUAUGCAAAUUUGCUGCUUGUUUUCUUAAGUUGCCGCAUCGCUCAUCUGUUUUUUUUUCUGUCCGUUCCUACCAAAAACCCACCCCGAGUGUAUGUGUGCCCUGUAUGUGUGCGUGGUGCAGUCUCGUGCGUUUCUUCGGUGGAUCUUCGGUGCGGCAAGUGCGGUGUUUUGAUACUCACAAGUUGCACAAAAGGGGUCCUAGUAAGCUGCGGAAAAGUACAACAGGGUGGUGAGCGGGCACGCACCAUUCGUAAAGACGCACCGCAAAGGCAGGCUACGAAAUAAUUAGUGCAAACCCACCGCACCGCCGUGUAUACGCGCGCGCAUUCGUGUAAUACGCGACGCACGACCCGAUUAUGGCCCGGGCGGGAAGAUGGGCAAUGUUAAAAAUAAUAGCGCAACACCUUACCGCUGCCGUCCUGCCGCUGCUGCUACUGGCUGGUGCCACCUGGCGCACGGUCGACAGUAAAGCGGUGGUCGACCGGGGGCACGAUGUCGGAUCGCCGGAAAUGCAACCGAUUGUCGGCGGCGCCGAGCGGGUUGCAAUUGUGACGGUGGUGCCAGGGACCGGGGGCAUACUGCGGCUGUACGGGGACGCUGGGGACGGACGCACGUUUCUGGUCGAUCGUGUACGGGCGCAGUGUCAUGAGCAGCAGCUGCACGUGGUCGAAUCCUUUCCGCCCGGCGUGGAACGAUCAGCAGCAGCCGUGCCGGCGAUGGAGGAGGAGCCCUGGCGAGGUGCUACGAUGCUGUGCUGGUCUCUGCAGGGAAAUGUGGUUGAGCUCGUGAUCAAGGAAGAUGCGCAAAUAAUACCGGUACUAAAGACUGACCUACCCAGCAGCACUGACAUUGGGAGCACCAAUGAACAACGAUCAAAGCGUAACAUUGAUAAGGAUAGUGAUGCGAACAGCAUCAUCCACGUCGAGAACCCCGAAACCGAGGAGCAGGGCACACUUCGCAUCGAAGGAUAUCGAAUCGAAAACUCGGAACUGGCGCCCGAACGAGACGAGAACGAUGUACCGUCGGUGCGCAUCAACACGCAGGUGCAGCUGCGCCUGUUCGGUACGGGCAUUACGCGGAAUGUGGCCAUCAUCUUCACGCACGAAACCUACCGGUUCGGGGGCCCGUGUCAGGUGCCGGUCACGGAAAAGUUUCACGUGACGUAUGCGGAACCGAACGGCCGCAGUGGGCUGGUGGAAAUCGAACUGCCGGAAGUGAUCAAGAACAAAAAGUAUUUCUACAUGUGCGCAAAGUACGAGAGCGUCGAUCCGUUGGAAGGAUCGGACGAAUACGAUAAGGAAGCAUCGAAAGUAAACCCUUUUCUACACCAAGGAUCGGAUAUGUGGUUGCGCAUGACUAGCCAUCAGCCGUUGCUACCGCUCUGGCUGUCGAUCACAGUGAUUGCGGUGUGUCUGAUGUUUUCGGCGCUCUUCUCUGGCCUUAACUUAGGGCUUAUGUCAUUGGAUAAAACUGAUUUGCAGAUCCUGUGCAAUACCGGCAGCGAUAAGGAAAAGGAGUACGCCAGGGCCAUUCAACCGGUUCGCAAGCACGGCAACUAUUUGCUGUGCAGCAUUUUGCUCGGUAACGUGCUGGUCAACUCAACGUUCACCAUCCUGCUGGACAGUCUUACGUCGGGACUGUUUGCCGUCAUUGGUUCCACCGUUGCGAUUGUAAUUUUUGGCGAAAUCAUUCCACAGGCCAUCUGUUCGCGACACGGUCUCGCUGUGGGAGCGAAAACUAUUUAUAUCACCAGAGCGUUUAUGAUGCUCACAUAUCCAGUAUCAUACCCAACAUCGAAAAUACUCGACCUUAUUCUGGGCAAGGAAAUUGGCAAUUUCUACGAUCGCGACCGACUAAAGGAGUUGGUCCAGGUUACGAAAGAUGUAAACGAUUUGGAUAAGGAUGAAGUGAACGUCAUUUCCGGUGUUCUUGAGUUGCGUAAGAAAAAAGUGGAAGACGUGAUGACUCGCCUGGAAGAUGCCUACAUGCUGCCGAUGGAUGCGGUGAUGGAUUUCGAAACCAUCUCCGAAAUUAUGCAGACAGGUUAUUCGCGCAUUCCCGUGUACGAAGGGGAACGCACGAACAUAAAAUCCAUCCUGCACAUCAAGGAUCUGGCAUUCGUCGACCCGGACGAUAACACCCCGAUACGGCAGAUUUGCGAGUUUUACGGCAACCGGUUACACUUCGUCUUCUUCGACCAGACGUUGGACGUAAUGUUUAAGGAGUUUAAGAGCGGCGAGUUCGGGCACAUGGCGUUCAUACAGAACGUAAACUCGGAGGGCGAGGGCGAUCCGUACUACUACACGCUUGGGCUGAUCACGCUCGAGGACGUGAUUGAGGAGCUGAUACAGGCAGAAAUAGUCGACGAAACGGACGUGUUCACCGACAACCAGAGCAAAGUGCCGCGCAAACGUAUCAAGCGGCAGGGUGUGCCACUGUUCGGCCAUCGGUCGGACAAAAAUAUGGAAGUGCAGCGUAUACGCAUUGGCCCGCAGCUGCUGUUCGCUACGUACCAAUUCAUAUCGACCGGCGUAACGGCGUUUACACCAUCCUGCAUCUCGGAAACGAUCCUGCGCCGUUUGCUGAGUCAAAACAUUUUCCAUCACAUCAAGAUCAAGAGCAAAACGAACAACGAACGCGUGGUAAUUAUCGAGCGCGGUACUGCGAUCGACCAUUUUGUGCUGAUCCUUGAAGGGCGCGUGGAGGUAACCGUUGGCAAGGAGAAUUUGCUGUUUGAGAGCGGACCGUUCACCUACUACGGGCUGCAGGCGAUCGUGCAAAGUCCCAGCUGUGAUACGUCCACCAACACGCCGCAGCAAAUUUUGGGAUCGCUUGAAUCCAUCAAUCGCGACGCCAACUCCAAGCAUGUCUUCAUACCGGACUACACGGUGAAGGCGAUCACGGACGUGCUGUACUUGCAGAUCCACCGCAAUCUCUAUCUGGCGGCCAAACGUGCCACACUGAUGGAGCGCAAGCAGAAACUGGGCGACCAGUCGAUGGAUCCAAUCGACGCGGAGGUAGAGCAGUUGAUGCACUCGCUGGAUAAAGCAGACCAGAACAGUAUCACACCCGAUGCUACCAACUUGACUGUCAAUUCCGGGGCGAAGGCUAGUAAAUCGUCAAGCGAUGUGGCCUCACCGAUUACGGCCUUAAAUGAUCCUAUUAACAAUACGAACUCCUCUGUGACUCCUCGCAACCAUAUAGUAUUAGAGCACGACAAUUCUUCCAGUGCCGCUGCUGCCAACGAUAUUAACAUAGGAGCAUCGACCAGCUACGGAAAUGAAAUGGUUGUCGCCGGGGACCGGGACACGGAUCCCAGCAGUGCCCCACUGCUGCCAAAGCCAUAACCCACGGUGUACCUCGUUGUACUGUACUACACCCUCGCGUACAGCACCAGCAGAGCAUCCGGCCAUGCAUCGAACCCAUCAUCACCACCAACACCACCACCACCACCCGUACCAUUGCCAAUUCGAUAGGAGUUUAUCGUUCGACUGUUGGAUGUCGUGUUAGCCUGUGCGUGCGUGCGUGCGUGCGCGCUCCGAUCCACUUCCUCACUCUGAUCCCCUCUCAACUACCUACUUGUUCUAUCAAUUUACUCUGCUAUAUAUUAUUAAAAACCGUUACCUAGAGUUUACCAGGGUUUGUGCUAAUAAUCGUGUGGCAUUUUUGUUUUUGUUUUAAACUUACGCAAAGCACGUGCAAUACACGGACCGAACGCGUACGCAGUAGUAGUAGAAAUGCGCUGUACGCGCUAGUGAGAUUUGUUAACGUUGUUGGGUCAGAGAGAUUGUUGUUUAACGACUGUGUAAAUUAGUAUUACUGUUAUUAUUUUCGCGUGACGCUCGGGAUGUGCUCCCCAAAACCCCACCCGACGGUACCAGGACGGAGCAAGACUUAAAGGCAAAAAAUAAAGCCCCGCCGCACCCUUGCACCCGUGGAUUCGGUCAGUGCUGCUGCUGAAAAUGCUCGGUGGUAGUGUAUCUCCUCGCCGCAAUCGUUAUAGCCAGCGUCUGUUGUUAAGGCAAUCGGUUUUGUAGCCAAUCCCUUCACUCAGUUAAUCCUUCACCUGAGCGUACAAAAGAGCGUGCCUACUUCUCCGUCGCCGGACCGCCGGAUCAAGCGGCAACCGGGGACCGGGAAGGAUCGCGAAAGCCCCGUUACUGACUGGUGAAAGUAUACCGAGCGAUAGAACAAACACAAACGUCUAUUUGGACGUCGAGGGGCACCGUGUGCUAUAUUUAUCCUAGGACGAGCAAUCCGGUGCGCGAUGUACUUACCGGAUGGGAGGGAGGCGUAGGCGAAAAUGUAUCGCGAUGAUUGAUGGUCCGCAACACUGUAUAACCCAAAAAGUGAAGCCAAAAGAUUUAAAAAGCACACAUGUGCGGCCAUGAUGGCCCCAGCGAAUUAGGAAAGUAGUGUAUGAUAGUGUACAAUCGAAAUGGUAAAACUCGUUAGAAGCAAGAUCGUGUGACUGAGCGCACUUAACAGUACCGUACCGGGAAAUAUGGAAAACCCCCUUAUCGUUUAGUGUACAGGACAGCGGAUUAGGAACGAAACCGAAGAUGUAUCGCGAUCUGCAACGGGCUAGCAGUCAGCCGUUGUUUUCGUUGUGUGCCGAUGGAGAAUCUCCGCAGCACGGUAUGUUUUUUUGUUUGUUGGUUUUAGUUCUAUUACGAAGCUUUGGUUAAUCGUUUAUGUUUUUUUUGGCAACAAGGGUAGAAGCAAAGACACAACAACCACAAAAAAAAAGAUAAAAUACAUCUUUGAUAUAGUGAGAUAGUGUAAUUUGGCUAGGGCGCCAGUGCAACGAGCUAGUUCAGCAAGUAAGUAAGCAAGUAGCGAAUUUCGCAACAGAAAAAAAACAGAAAAAAAAAGAAAUAUUUUUCCACUUUCCACUCGUAGUUGAAUUUGAAUACCACGAAGAAAAUAUACACAUGUACAUGCAUGGGUGCGCCAUUGUAUAAAAA